AUAUGGCGACGAGAGGAAACAAAACUCGUGAGAGAUGGCAGGAAUGAAUGCAAGGCCCGGGAAGUGUGCGCCUUCGGGGCACACGAUCACGAUUCUGAGAAGGGAGGGAGAAUUGAACAUUGGGCGAGCAGAACAUCGCCUCGGACGAAGGCAGGCGCGAUGAAAAUCUCGAGAAAAUGCAGCGAAAAUCGCAUGGCAACCACGCGAAAGAAAGGAGCAGAGAGGAGAAUGGAGCAUGCACCUCGCCUCAUGUGCCCCACCUUAUCCGGAAUUCCAAGGCAGACGCCGUGCUGCCGCUGCUACGGAAACAAAUGAGCACACUGUAAUGCCAGAGGCGCUCCAGAGUCCAGAUUCCAGAGGCAGGUGUGAACCCUGUGGCCCGUUCUGACAGCCGAGCGCCGAGCAGCAGCGAGAGAGAGCAGGCAAGAAAACCAGAGGCGGCAUGGAGCAGACGAGGAAGAAGAAGAAGAACAGAAAGGAAGAAAGGAAGGAAUGAAUAAAGGAAGGAAGGAAGGAGGGAGGGAGGGAUGGAUGGAUUGUGCAGUGCUCUGGUCGGGCUCUGGUGGAGAGAGUGCAGGCCAGUGAAAUGGCGUAGAUAAGGCGAGCGAGUGUUUCGCCGGUGGAGCUGCGGCUUGGGUGUUUGCGUUGCUUUCCGCAAGUGCAGGCAGGCGGGCAGGCACGCAGGCAGAGGAGAGGCAGUGGCACGGGCCCAAGGGCCCAGACAGGCAGCGAGCAACAGCGUAACAGCACAGCAGAGGCAGCAGAGGCGAGCAGAGCAGAGCAGAGCAGGCCAGGGCCGCGCAGAGGAGAUGAGAGGAGAGGAGAGGAGAGUAGAGAGAAGAGGAGCAGUUGCCUUUAACUUAUCGCGAUUCCGUGCUAUCCUCGUCGUCCGUCGUCGCGUGCCCUCAAACACAAACAGCGACAAGCCAGCCGAGAAAUCAGAUUGAUUCCUUUCUGUCUCUUGCUCUCUCCGCAAGAGAAUAAUGCCUCCAGUCGCUCAGUCGCCCGCGUCGUGAACACGGAGAGACCCGAGAGAGGGAGGAGAGGAGAGGAGAGGAGAGGCGAGAAGGAGAAGGAGAAAGAGGGAAUGGAGGGAGCGAGGAAGGGGGCAGGGUCUGGAUGUAGCCGUGUCUUGUUCUGCCGCAAAGAAUCGAGUUGUGUCGAGUGCGGAAAGAGGUGGGGAUUGGGCGGUGGAGGAGCUGUUCAAAGGACGCUGUAGAAGAGUGAAAUACGGCUCAAGGGCGCAAGAACGGAAGUUGGCUGUAGCAGCCGAACAGAGCAGGUCUUGAAUUUGUUCGAGGGAGCGAUCGAGCGCGCGAGAGCGUGGAUUGGCCUAAAGAAUCCUGAAGUCGGCCGGACGACGGAUCCUGUACAGAAGGCGGGUGAUGGCGGUGGCGAUGGCGUUGCUGCAGUGAGGAAUGUGGCGCUGGAAGAGCGAGAGUUGUUGAUGAGAAGGAGGUGGAGGAGAGUGGGGAGGACGGUGCACUGGUUGUUCAUAUUGCAAAGAUUGUAGAAAUCGGCGGGGAUGGGGUUUAUGUGGAGGAGGCGGGGAAGAGAUUGAUCGCGAGGAGGAGGAGGAGGUUUGAGGAUUUCUGUAAUUUUUGUUCUUGGGGAGGCGGAGCGGAGGAGGGGAUCGGAGAAGGGGAUGAUGGAGAGGAGUCGCGGAUGGACGUGCGCAGGAGGCAAGAGAGAGAACUGCAACGCGAGGCGCCGUCGGCCUCAGCUCCAGCAUCAGCUUCAGAAGGGGACGGCGUGGGGCUCGUCAGCCUGCAGGUCAGCGGCGCAAUGACCUAUGGAUUGGAAAGAUCGCGUUCUGCGAGACGACGGGGUGGGAAGCUUGGGUUCCGCCUGCGCAAAGCGUGUCUGUGUGUGUUCUUCUCCGGGGUCUUCUGCUUCAGCAUCCUGCAAUGGCUUCUCUCCUUCCCUCCGCCCCUGCACAAGCGCCCUCUUGUGAACGCCUGCCCCAGCACCACAGGCGUGGACACUCCCUACCUGCUGUAUGACGAUGCCGUCUGCUCUCGAGCUUGCGGCAAUCAGUGCUUCCCGAGGGUUCGAGGCAUGUGCAUCGCGCAUUCCGAGGUGGCAAUCUGCGACCAGUCCGACAGGCUGGGCGGACGGGGCCGAGGCAAAACGAGAACCCCCAUCCCUUCGCACUUGCGCUUCGCAGGCGCAGAUCCAAUGACGCGCAGGCGAGUGCCCAUACGACGGAAGGCGUGCAGUGGCGAUUUCCGCGACAAGAAAUGGAUCCGAGGCACGCAGAUGGUCGCCGACAUGAAGAUGAUGCCGGCUGGGCCUCACGUAGGCCCGAACCCGCAUCACGAAGCCGAGAAAAUCGUACCGGCCAUCCUGCUCUCGCACCUGUACGGGCUCAAUAACUCCUCGCUGUACUGGUUCACGGACCCUGUACCCAGCAUCACAUCGCGCUGGUCAAUAGGAUUGAUCGCUGCAUUCGCUGACGGGUUGGAAGUGAAAUUCAUGGAUGCGCCGGACGCCGGAGAGCCCGAAGUGUGUUUCGAGGACGCCAUUCUCUUCUCAGGAGUGACCAAUGCAGGGUACAUGCCCACCGUAGCUGCCAACGACUGGCUCAGGCGAAAGGUGCUCGCCCACUGUAAGAUUCCGGAGGUCAAUGCCAAAAGGCCUGUCAAAGACGUCGUCGUCAUUCAAAGGAACAAUUCGUCCAGGACCAUUGCCAAUGCGGAGGAAAUUGAGCGUGUAUUGGAACGGGAGUUGCGCGUACCUGUGAAGCAUACGGUCAGUGGACUGGGGAACUUCUGCGAACAGGCGAAGCUGGUGGCAGAGGCAGAUUUUUUCGUGACUCCUCACGGUUCCCACAACAUCAAUUUCUUAUUUGCACGCCCGGACUCCAUAAUUUUGGAAGCGUUUCCUCUCCUUUACUACAUAGAUUGGUUUCACAAUUACGUCCAUGCCUCGAGGGUGAAUCACUACGAGCUGUAUGGAACCUGGCCCACUGACCAAGGGGGAAUGCCACUGCGAAUGCGAAUCUACGCUCUUUUUGUUGGCUGGAGGUUGAGGAUCAAUUUUGCCUUCCUUCGGGAGUCUCAAGAGCAUUUGGUCAUCAGAGCUGUCUUCGUCUUGACUCUGAGUUGCGCUUCUCGGAUUGUUAUUCUGCAACUGCACUGGAUUUCUGAUGUCAGGCACACACGAUGUAACAGCCUGUUCAAACAACUGGGGCCUGUGACCCGCUGAAUGUUGUCUUUUUGGCCUCAGAGCAACACUCCAGCAAUCCAUUGGCUUCCCGUGGCGGACCUGAAUCUGGUCCACACGCUGAACAAACAGUACGAGCAAUCCCCUGAAACGCUGCUCGUGACGGUCGGAGGGACCAGAAAAUCUAGUAUGACCGGGAAAUUUGGUUUCUUCAUGUCUAGCUAGUCGAAUAUAGAAGAGAGAGCUUACCCAAUCGGCAAGAAGAUCCUUGCCAGUAUCCGUUCAGUCUUCCAGUCCUCCAGUCACUGCCACUGCAACGCCACUGCAAAAUACCUGCUUCUCGAGCGAAACUUCGAAAUUUGUUUGUUAGGCCAUACCGUCCUGUAGCCGCAAGGCUGAAUCUCAGAUACAUUCACAGACAGUGCAAGUUUACGUUGCACAGAGCAGUCGGGUCUUGAUAUUGGCUUUGUUCAUAAUUUUCUGAACGUAGUCUUACACUCUGUUGUGUGAAGAGGGACGAAGCUUUUUGUUCGUCAGCGCAAGACCAGUGGUAUCGAAUAUGUAUCUAGCCCCGGGUCCGAGUUGUACUCACACAAGGCUCGGCUAAUCGUCCAUAGCCUUUUUCGUUUUGAAACUCCUGAUGUGCGAGUGGAGAAUCUACAGCCAGCGGAAAAUUCCAGCCGACCACUUUCUCAUCAUUUCAUCACGUACGAGAUCAGAAGUCCGGCCUCGAGGACGAUGUUGUAGACGGAAUUUGAAGCAUUGCGCUACUCGGAGACUCGUUCACAAGAGGGUCAGUGCUUGUUCUCCAAAAGCCAUAAAACGACCAAUGCGAGAGCGUAAGCGAUCGGUAGAGUUCGCGCUGGGGAGUUGACCACAAGAGGUGCGGAUGGACUACCCCGUGUACGAAAGUCACGACUGUUGAGACUGAUCCAUAUCCGGGUGCUGUUUGACACGUUUGGCACGUGAAGUCGAAGUGGAUCGAGGGUGCAGGAAAGAUUGUAGCAGGCAGGCAGCGCAUCAAUCGCCAGCGAAGGACGCAGGCCCAUUGCAACCGGACUCAUGAUUCGAUGCUUUCUCCAGUUUCAGUUGACCCGACCUGUCAUACUGCUGAAAAAGCACGUCCUGAAAAAACCUGUCCCGGCCCUUGUGCCUCGUUGUGCAGCUGCGAGCAUACGAGGCAGUUCGUCUUGCGCGGGAAAUGGGUCUUCGCAUGUUACAGCUACGCGAGGCUACGUCACACGCUCUACUGAAAAUACCACGUGGAGAGCAUCUUUCUCUGGGCAUCUAAUAAUAAAUAUAAGGGCCCAUAAUUUUAAGAGAUAUUCAUGUGUACAUGCAAGCCAGCGUUUCCAGGCAUUUCGCGCAGGAAAUACUUCAUGUCCAGACAUUCAAAUAUGUAAUAUCCUCAACCUGCUGCUCGACUGCGGAUGAGAGAACAUUAGGAAACUACAAGACAUGACGUCGUUCAAAAACAGAGAAAGGUGUGAAGUAGUCUAGUAAACCAUGAGACUGGAAAGCACGAUGAAACUACCGUCUCUGGCCGUGUGAAGUGAGGGCAUGUUAUACUUGGUAAGAUGGCUCUGCGUAUUCGUGCAGUCAAACUGUGUAUCAACCUGACUUGUAAGUGGACAUCACUCGGUUUCAUCGGGUGGGGGAAUUGGGAAGAUGUUUGUUAAUGACGGGAACUUUCUCCAACAUCAUAUCUGAAAAAUUUAAAACUCUUCAAGCUCGGUUGCUUUUGAAAACCGGUUGAGAACUCCCAUCAUCCUCUGAUGACUCUGGCUGUGGCAGCACCCUAUGUGAAGGUAUGAUCGUGAGGCUAUGAAAAUGGACCAUCAUGAAUGAAUGUGAUGAAAACAUG